CGGUUGCACCACUCGCAAACGUUUGCUCGCGAUGUAAGUACUGACACUAGGCCACAUGCAGACAUUCGUGUUCUAACCUCACCGGAUACCACUUGUCGUCGCUCAAGUUGGCCCAUAGCAGAAAUGGCACACCAAUUUGGAGAAACUGAUAAAAGUCCUGUCAUAGACUACAUACCGAGACGCCCUGUCGUGUCCGUGCCAUACAAGUACACUAAGGAGGGAGUGGACCCCAAAAAGUUGUGUCCGCCCUCUGCCAGCAUCCUAUACGCCCAAGUGCUCUACGACGCUCCCAAGUACCACAUGGACACCAGGUAUGAGCGCCCCGUCCCAGCAGCGCCGCCGACAGCGCCCAUUUUGUAUUCUCCGUCUCCAUACCAAGACCAAGUGCCCAGGGUAGACCCCAAGACCACCAAGCCUCCCUCGGCCCCCAUAUUAUACAAGAAGAUUCUGUAUUAGCAAGCGAAAAGAGGGAACCUCGCUUCAGCUAAGCCCCGACGCCUGCUGAAAAUAUCACGUGGUCUGUGAUCGCAGAAGCAUUCGUUGAUUGUCAGUCGCAGCCACUGCCAUAUAUUAAUGUAAAGAGUGAGAUGUAUACGAAGCCCAUCGUUGCAUUGUGUAGUACCUGUGUUUGUCUAGUCCAUAUGCUACAAUAACAAAGAUUUUUUUAU